AUGACCAAAACAGUCAAACCUUUGACUAAUUCCAGUCGAAAUACCAUUCUGAUCGAUUACCGGGAAAAAUUAGUUCCUAAUUCUCAAAAAUCACCCCGCAAACUCCUUAAAAUAAUUAAGCCACAGUCGGGACGUAAUAACCAAGGAAAGAUUACUAUGCGCCAUCAAGGAGGUAGCCAUAAGCGAUUUUACCGAAUUAUUGAUUUCAAACGUUAUGAGAAAGACAAGGAUGGUAGCUUUACUUUCAUAAUUGCUCCAGAGGGAUUAAAAGUUAACGAUAAAAUAAUGAGUGGCAGCGAGGAAGAUGUUCCGUUACAGAUAGGAAAUAAUUUACCACUGCGUUACAUUCCAGUUAAUACUCCGAUCCACAAUUUAGAAUUAAAACCAAAAAAAGGCGGACAAAUAAUUCGUAGUGCCGGCACCUAUGCCGAAAUAAUUGGUAAAGAGGAAGGUAAUGAUUAUGUCUUAGUAAAAUUGAUGUCGAAAGAAGUUCGCAAAGUAUUAGCAACUUGUCGAGCUACUAUCGGUAUUCGCCCAACUGUGCGGGGUUCAGCGAUGAAUCCUAAUGACCACCCACAUGGUGGUGGUGAGCAGAAAGCGGGUAUUGGUCAUCCUUCACCACUUAGUCCCUGA